GCGUGCCAGCGUGUCGAUGCCUCCCCCUGCCUCUAAGUCUGUACCGAGACAGUACGCCGAGCGGAGAGCCUCAAAGGCGUCAGAUACCGCGGCUGCUACCGUGUCGCUGCAGGACAAUGCAGGGACUGGUCAAUUGGCUCUGCCAGAUGCCAUGAUUCCACCUUCAAGAUCAGAUCCUGAACUUGAAUCCAACAGAAUGUCUUUUUCGUCCCUGUACUCUGUUGGUUCGGCCAUAUACAAUGCCGCCCGGGGAACCAGCGGUACGAGCUCAAUCACAGGCUCAGAGCCUGAAGCUCGAGUUGAACCUCAGGUCUCUGUACAUAAUACAGUCAAUGGUCCUGGCACGUCAGUCUCAUCAUCACAGCUUCUAUCAACGGCCGAUCCAGUAAUUAGUGGUACGCCAAUUGCUGCGUCAGUGCCCUCCUUGCGAGGAAAUGAAAGGCGUAACACACGCGGCCGAACUAUUAACCAGAGACGGAUCAGUGGUAGUACAGGUGCUGCCAGUAGUACUAGUCCAGGAAGUCGUGACUUUAGAGACGGUGAGCUUCGUCGAAGUCCCAUAGGCAUCAUUGGAGUCUGUGCUCUAGAUGCAAAAGCAAGGAGCAAACCCAGCCGCAAUAUAUUGAAUCGUCUCAUUGCAAAUGGGGAGUUCGAAGUCAAAAUUUUCGGUGACAAAGUUAUUUUGGACGAAGACGUCGAAAAUUGGCCAGUCUGCGAUUUUCUCAUCUCUUUCUUUUCAGAUGGAUUCCCACUGGACAAAGCAAUUGCGUAUGCUCGACUUCGAAAGCCUUUUUGCGUCAACGACAUACCCAUGCAAAGAGUUCUUUGGGACCGCCGACUAUGUCUUAGAAUACUGGAUGCGAUGUCAGUGCGGACACCGCAAAGAGUAGAGGUGAAUCGAGAUGGAGGCCCCACGAUACCCUCGCGUGAAAUCGCACAGCGCGUCUUUGAAAAAACAGGGGUGCGACUUGAUGGUCCAGAUGACGGUACUGGUGGUGGCCUUCCCCCUUGCCAGAAUGUGGAGCUUAUCGAAGACGGAGAUGCACUGUAUGUCGAUGGCCGCAUCAUCAGAAAACCUUUCGUUGAGAAACCAGUAAGCGGAGAGGAUCAUAACAUUCACAUUUACUAUCCGAAACACCACGGAGGAGGUGGUCGCAGACUUUUCCGAAAGAUAAACAACAAAAGUUCGGAGAAAGACGAGACCAUGAUGACUCCUCGCUGCAUCAGUGAGCCCGACAGCAGUUACGUGUAUGAGAAAUUUCUUCGUGUAGAGAAUGCCGAAGAUGUGAAAGCGUACACUGUUGGCACCGGAUUUUGCCAUGCUGAAACUCGCAAGUCACCAACAGUCGAUGGAGUCGUCAAACGAAAUCCAAACGGCAAGGAGAUACGUUACGUCACGAGCUUAGAUGCCGAAGAGUCACUCAUGGCAGCUAAGAUAGCUGAAGGCUUUGGUCAGCGAGUGUGCGGCUUCGAUCUCUUAAGGGCUGGAGGUAAAAGCUACGUGAUCGAUGUUAAUGGAUGGAGUUUCGUCAAGGACAACAACGAUUAUUACGACAAGUGUGCCAGUAUAUUGAGGGACAUGUUCGAGAAUGAGAAGAAACGUAAAGACGGUAAACAAUCAUCUGCACCAUCUGCAACCCCUUCAAUCAAUGACGAAGAAGUAUUCACGGACUCGUCACAUCGCUCGUCACGGCAGCGACAGCACACACUCUCUAAUCAUCGCGCGCAAUUGAAGUCCAUCUUCCGAUCACCUAGCAUGUCAAAAUUACUACACCAUAAUCCUCAUGCUAAUUCUCACACCCAAGGCACUACAUCUCCAGAUAUAUUGACCCAGACCACCCCAAUCACCUCUCCCCCGAGCUUCGAGAAUUCAUACCGGCCACCGCCAUCCGCCCCGCCAACUUCACAGCCAGAAUUUCUCCCUCCCCCAGCGGUAGAGGAGGCGGCUACGGAUAUGGCUUCGGUAUCACUACCAGACGACCAAAUCGCUUCUCCUGUGCCUGCGCCAGCUUCUAAGGCCCAAUGGAAAAUGAAAGGAAUGGUUUCAGUCAUUCGACAUGCAGAUCGCACGCCCAAGCAAAAGUUCAAGUUUACAUUCCACACCAAGCCAUUCGUAGAGCUGCUCAAAGGUCACCAAGAGGAAGUGCUAUUGAUCGGUGAAGCUGCUCUGAAGAGCGUUGAGAAGGCUGUCAGGCAAGCCAUGAAGGAAGGUGUAGAAGAUCCAGAGAAGCUGAAGACGCUUGCAAACUCGCUAGCAAGAAAAGGAAGCCAGCCGGGGACAAAGGUUCAGAUCAAGCCAAUGUUCCGUAGGCGUAAAAAGGAAGAAAUGCUACCAGGAAUGGAUGAAAAUACCUCCGUUGAGUCGCAGCAAUCACAGGUGCCAGAUCUGGCCCAAGUCGGCUCGUCUCUCAAUCCUACAAUAGAAUCGCCAGGAAAGGAAGGGAAGAACAACAAAGACUGGAUUCAAAAAAGAAGCGAAUCCGUUUCCGGUGGUCUUCUAUCCAGAUUCGCAGCUGCAGAGAAUAAUUUGAUCCUCGACAAAUUGCAGUUGAUCAUCAAAUGGGGUGGAGAGCCUACUCAUGCAGCUCGCUAUCAAGCACAAGAUCUCGGGGAGAACAUGCGAAAUGAUCUUCUACUCAUGAACCGUGAGGCUUUGGACAAUGUUCACGUAUUCAGUAGCUCCGAACGCCGCGUUACCACGAGUGCCCAAAUCUUCGCGGCGUCUUUCCUCCAUCAAAAGGAGGUACCUGAGGACUAUAUCUCGAUACGAAAAGAUCUUCUCGAUGAUUCAAACGCAGCUAAGGAUGAGAUGGACAAAGUUAAGAAGAAGUUGAAAGGUCUACUACGCGAUGGCGAGAAGGCUCCCACACAGUUCGCUUGGCCGCAGGACAUGCCAGAACCAGCUGAGGUGGUCAAGAAUGUUAUAGAGCUCAUGAAGUUCCAUCGUCAUGUCAUGCGACUGAACUACGCAAAGUUGCAAGCGGGUGCAGUAUCUUCACUGGCCGCUGUCUCAGAGUCCCAAAGCAGUAGCUCAUCCCAAUCUUCCCCCGGAGUCAAUGCCACAUCCCAAAGUUCCUCUGGGGCCAAUGCUAUUCAGCCUAGGUGGUGUUGUGGUGAGGAUCCUGCACUAUUCAAGGAGCGCUGGGAAAAGCUUUUCUCUGAAUUCUGUGAUUCAGAGAAGGUUGAUCCCAGUAAAAUCUCGGAGCUCUACGACACGAUGAAGUUCGAUGCGCUCCAUAACCGUCAAUUCUUAGAAUGGAUCUUCACCCCCGAGUUAAGCGAAGAAGCGGUCGAAAUUGCGACUGCCGGUUCAGAGAGUACUACCAGUAGUGAGCCUCGACGAACAGCUGAUGUUCCUGCCGAAUUACUCAAAUCGAAUCCUAAAGAGCCGCAUGGUGGUGACAAGCUACUUUCAGACAAAGGGUCCAUUGGGCAGCGUAUGGGAUUUCGCAGAAAGUCAGAAGCUCUAGCUGCAGUCACCUACAAGAACCCAGUUUUCAGUUACCCGCAUGAGUCGUACUUUUCGCUCUACAAAGGCAUCCCAACGUCUGCAGCUUCCAGAGCGAAAGUGGACGCGCGCUUGGCCAAGCUUCGUGAGCUUUACAAGUAUUGCAAAGUACUUUUCGACUAUAUUGGACCACAAGAGUAUGGUAUAGCGAAUACUGAGAAACUUGAAAUUGGCCUCUUGACUUCUUUGCCAUUGCUCAAAGAGAUCGUGCAAGACCUAGAAGAGCUACAAUCUUCCGAAGGUGCACAAUCCUUCUUUUACUUCACCAAGGAGUCACAUGUCUAUACCUUGCUCAACUGCAUUCUCGAGGGAGGUAUCAAGACGAAGAUUGACCGAAAUGCCAUACCAGAAUUGGACUAUCUCUCACAAAUUUGCUUUGAACUCUACGAGAGCCAGAACGUUACGCCGGAGGACGAGCCCAAUUCGUUCAAUUACAGUAUUCGCAUCACGAUCUCACCUGGCUGUCACACUUUUGACCCACUUGACGUACAACUUGACUCGAAGCAUAGUAUUGGUAUUUCACCACGCCGCAGUCUCACAGCACAUCAUGACUGGAAAGAGAUCAUUGAGACUCUUCGUGCAAGAUUUCACACGGUGAAAUUGCCUAAAUCGUUUGUUGCCAUCAAUCUCUCAGAAAAGGUCCCUCAUGCCUUCAAUCUACCUAACGAGACUACCGCUUCUGAGCCAAAGGACGAGUCACUCUGAGCAAUAUUCUUACUAGGCCUCUUUGAGGCCUACAUUCAUUUCCAAUGGGUAAAUAAAGGGCUAGUAAGUACAUAGACACAGGGUCUACAUUAUCUUACGAGAUGCUCUUUGGCAUUAGUGGUAUUUUAGUACAAUGCACUCUCUUUGGUAUUCGGUGUACGUAGAGCAAAUGCAUUGGUGUACAAAGCUGGUCUCACAACUGGAAUCGAAGGUUCAAGCCUGUCCGUUUCAAGUGCUCGAAAAUUAGAUUAGAAUGUGUAUGAUCGAUUGUCUGGC